AUGACUCACACGCCGCGACACCCCAUUCCUCAGUCUCUACACGAAACCUCUGCUCUUAUACAACUCAUCCAGGCCACAGAUAGGCGCCGAACACCACAGCCAACCGCUAGGCCAUCCCACAAGCUUCACCCGAAGCCAAAGCACCCGCAUCGCACUCCCAGCAACCUUACUGCCUCCCCCCGCCUCUUCAGACCCCACCUUGGCCUCACCGUGUCCCCCGAGCCCCACACCAUCUCCCCAACCCUCCGCGCUCAACUCAACCUCGCAUUUCAGAAUGGAUGGGGAAGGAAAACCCUCACAAACUACGGCUACACCGUCGACCGUUUCCUUGCGUUCUGCGACGCAGAAAAAGUUCCUCAGAACCUUCGUCUUCCCACCCACGAGUUUAUUCUCUCCGCCUUCGCCGCCUCCCACACUGGUAUUCACGCCGGCUCCACUGCAAGGAACGACAUUGCCGCUCUCAAAGCAUGGCAUGUCGCACAACAACAGCCGUGGUUGGGUGGCCCUCGGCUACACUACGUGCUAUCUGGUGUCGAAUCACUCUCACCUCAGACUGCAAGCCGACCACCACGACCCCCAAUCACACCAGACAUGCUACUGUCUUUGCGGCGAGGCCUUGACUUUGCAUCACACUUCGAUGUUGCUGUCUUUGCUGCCGCGUGCGUUGCCUUCUGGGGCCAAUGUAGGCUGGGCGAACUCCUUCCGGACUCCCGCUCCGACAAAACUCUGAACGAGAAACCAUCCCGGGCAAACAUCUCCUUCCACCGCGACACACUUACUAUUCGCCUUCCCCGUACCAAGACCCAAAAACACGGCGAGGAUGUGGUCCUCGUCUCCCAGCGUUCAGAAAUUGACCCGAUCUUGGCUCUCCGAAUGCAUUUUGUUGCCAACCCCAUUCUUCCCCCUGCCCAUCUCUUCGCAUAUCAAUGCGGUUCUUCCUACCAACCGCUCACCCGCCGCGCCUUUCUUAAUCGCUGCAACGACAUCUGGGGAAAGGAGGGCUACCCAAAGCUGUCGGGCCACAGUUUCCGCAUUGGAGGGACAACUGAGCUCCUUCUCAGUGGUGUUCCCAUCGACUUGGUCAAAAAGGCCGGACGCUGGUCAUCAGAUGCCUUCCUGAAGUAUUGGCGCUCACUCCAAGACCUGGUGCCACGCUACAUCCGAAACGUCCAUAAGCGGAAGAGGUGA